AUGCUCUCUCGCGCCGGUAGGGAUAUGAUCAUUGAUGUCCUGCACCACGCCGCGACUGGAGGGGCGGUGCCGGUGCCCGAGAAACACUUUGACGCGAAUGCGGGAGGACGAAUAACACUUCAACGCAACACGCCCUUGACUUCGCCAGAAAUCCUGCAAAGAUUGUACGAGGCGCUUGGCUUCCCACCGGAUCUCACCACCCAGUACGUGACAGAUUUGCAAGACGACGCCAGGUUUCCCACAUUCUCUUCUCUCACUGAGUUGCUUGCCGAAGACGGUCCGCACCAGGCUUUUUUGGUAAGGAGUUGCCUUGAGUUGUUUUACUGCAUGUUGUGGUACUCUCGGGGAGAUGUGGAGACAACCAUGACCGCUGAGGAGGGUGACGCCGUACUGGAGGAUGAGCUUGACACCAUACGAAGUCUCUUUGAUGAGAGUUUCUUGGGCGUAAAAAACUUUGACGAAGAUGAUGUUGAGGAUCGGCAUAUUUACUUUUCGUUCUUCACAGAGAGCGGGGGAAGUGUGGUGGUCUGCGUCAGCGUUCCUUAUCAUUACCCUGUCGAUCCCCCGCUUGUCUUUGUGCAGCCGCGUGGGAAACUGGUGGGCGCAUUACCCACCCUCGGAGUGUUCCGCGCAGACACGAAGGAACUACCGGCCGCUUCGCGUCGCUCCAUACUUGAUGCUGCAGUUGAAGCCAUUAAUGGGCUUGCAGGGGAGGGGUGCUUGGUGAGUCUGGUAUCCUCGUUGCAUGGGGCUAUCUCGUCUCUUGAGCACAUCCCCAAUUCCACGAACAAUCCACACGUGACGGAGGAGCAGCAGGCGGUCAAGGAGGAAAAGGUCAGCAUCGAUGUACAAAGAAAAGCGUUUGCAACCGCCUUAACAGCUGCUCCGGGUGUAACCGUAGCAUCUAAUGAAGGUCCUCUUGUGCCGUACGCUAUGCCGGAAAGAAUUGGGCUUACAACAGUUGACUGCACUCAAAAUGAGGCCGAUCGGGUGCGUCGAGAAUAUUUAAAGUCAGACAAAUCGCUUAAUACCAAACUUAGUGCAGAGUGGGAUGUUCUUAAGAACACUGGAACGAUGAAAACGGCACGUGAACAACUGCCUGCGUUUCAGGUGCGUGAAGAACUCCGCGAGACCCUUUCAAGGCAUCAGGUUGUUGUUAUUGGUGGAGAGACGGGGAGCGGAAAGACGACGCAGAUCCCACAGUACCUGUAUGAAUUUAUGUGUGAAGCAGGUAUGGGGGGUUCAGCGAACAUCGUCUGCACCCAACCGAGAAGGCUUGCUGCAACGUCUGUGGCUCUUCGCGUUGCUGAAGAACGCGAUGAGGCAGUGGGAGGCGUCGUGGGUUACACGAUUCGUCUUGAAAGUUGCGUGUCACGACGCACGCAGAUUACCUAUUGCACGACAGGUAUUGUGCUGCGACGCCUACAGGUGGAAAAGUUUUUGGGUUCUGUUAGCCACAUUGUUGUGGACGAAAUCCAUGAACGUGGGGUGGAUACCGAUUUCUUGCUGAUCCUUUUGCGUGACCUCAUUCAACGACGAUCCGACCUCAAGGUGGUACUCAUGAGCGCCACGAUGGACUCUGAAUUGUUUGCACGUUACUUUGGCGGAGCUCCUGUCAUCUCGAUUCGGGGUCGUACGUAUCCGGUGCAGAAUUUUUAUUUGGAGGACAUCAUUCCCAUGGUUAGUUACGUCCUCGAGGACGGCUCACCGUACGCCAGGUGGGAGGUAAAAGGAAAGGAACGGCGUCGUAAUACGAGAAAGCAGGCGCUAGUCAUUGAUCCUGAACAGAUUGAAGAGGCACGGGAGACGGAAUGCCAGGAGCAGGCUCUCGCUGGGCAGCUUCACGUCUCCCAGAAAACGCUGGAGACUAUAUCAAGAAUGAAUCUUGACGUGAUCAACUAUGAGCUCAUUGAGAGUAUUGUUUUGUACAUUGACGGUGUUCUGAAAGUGGAUGGAGCUGUUUUAAUUUUUCUUCCUGGUAUGGCGGAGAUGAUUCGGUGUGUGGAACAGCUGAAGUCUAAUCCGCGGUUGUCGAAUAGCUGCUUGAUGUACAACCUGCAUAGUUCUCUGGGUUCUUCAGAGCAGCAUGGCGUGUUUCAACGACCACCUAAAGGGAAGCGAAAAGUUGUGAUUGGCACAAACAUCAUGGAAACUUCCAUUACAAUUGACGAUGCCGUGUUUGUCAUCGAUAGUGGGAAGGCGAGGGAAAACCGCUACGACGCCAGGAAAAGUUUGUCACAAUUGGUGACCGUCAACGUCUCCAAGGCCAACUGUCGUCAGCGCCAAGGGCGCGCUGGACGCGUACGGGAAGGGUUUUGUUUUUGCCUAUUUACUAGUGCCCACUUUGAGGCGUUGGAUGAUCAUCAACUGUGUGAGAUGCACCGCGUGCCUCUUGAGGGCCUUAUCCUUCAAAUCUACUCGCUUGAUUUGGGAGAUGAAGUGGAGUAUCUUCAGAAGGCGCUUUCGCCGCCUGAGGAACAUGCUGUUCGAAGCAGUGUGAGAGCGCUAACGACUCUUGGAGCCUUGACAUUUGAUAAGCGUCUAACCUCCCUUGGUCACCACUUGGCAAACCUGCCCUUGGAUGUACGUAUAGGAAAGAUGAUUAUCCACGGGGCAAUUUUGCAUUGUGUUGAUCCAGUUUUAACAAUAGCGGCCUGUUUAGCUGUGCGGAGUCCGUUCCUGUCUGCAAUGGACUACCAAACUGAAGUGGAAGCGGUACGAAGAGCUUUUGCAGGGGAAUAUAUGUCGGAUCAUUUAGUUUUUUGGUUUGCCUACGCUAGUUGGAUUGCCAUGCAACAUAAAGAAGGUACUUCUGCUGCGAAGAAGCUUUGUGCACGGUACUAUCUCUCUAUACCGACAUUGAAACAAAUUCAGUCCACCAAAAGACAGUAUGAGCGUUACCUCUACGAAGCAGGAUUUAUUGAGGAAACCCCUACCCAGUCAUCGCAUGACCGAUUUUUGUACAACCCUGUGUUAACUCUUGACGACCGCGUGUAUGAAUCUGGUGGAGAGCGAUUUAAUGCUAAUGCGGGUAGUGUAAAGUGUAUUCUCUCAUGCGUUGUGGCCGGCCUUUACCCGAACAUUGCACGCGUCAAAACUGGUGCCAGUAAAAAAGGUGGUACAUUUGUCAACAUGACCACAUUCGAUGGGUUGGAGGUGCUGAUACACCCCUCCAGUGUUGCGGGGAAGGCGAAGACAUUUGCCUCCCCGCUUCUUGUUUAUGUGGACAAGGUGAAGACCUCUGCCACGUUCCUACGAGAUGUGUCUAUGGUGACCCCUCUUCACGUUAUACUUUUCAGCGGCGGUGGUUUGGAGUAUCUUCCAAAGUACAGUGAGCUUGUUGUGGAUGACAUAACAGCAUUUAAAUGUGGGAACGAGGAUGCCACCUUGCUGAAGCAUCUAAAAGAUCAGUUGGACUCCGCCCUCAGCCAGAAGAUAAACGACCCCACACAGAGCUGGGAAUCCACCAGCAGUGUAGUUGUUCGGGCGAUUCUCAGACUUCUCAAGGAUGACUUUGAGAGCGUGCGUCACAUGACUGUUGUGGACCACCGACGGCCCCGCCCCUCCUUGACGGCUCCGUUGGCCCCGCCGGAGCCCUCUGAGACUGAAACGCACAGAAAGAAGCAACUGUGCUUCGUCUGCGGGGAGGCAGAUCACGUAGCUCGUUUUUGCCCGCGCAAGACGGCAUCACUGAAAGGGGGUCCAAGUACACGGUGCUUCGUCUGUGGUGAGUGGCAUCACCCAACGGAGUGUGUCUUGGUGUCCCCCAUUCAGUGA